AAGCGCGCGAAUGCGCCCACGUCGCUCCGCCAAGUAGCGAGUUUAGCUCCGGUUAGCUCGGGUCGCUCAACACGGCACUGCAAGACAGCCUGAGACAAAGCUUUCCGUCUUGAGACUGUCUGUAUAACUUUCAUCAGUGGACUUUUAUCUGCUGAAGUUAGCUACAAUGGCCGACAAGGAAGGUGCGUUUGACGAUGCGGUCGAGGAAAGGGUUAUCAACGAGGAGUACAAGAUCUGGAAGAAAAACACUCCCUUCCUUUAUGACCUGGUGAUGACCCACGCUCUGGAAUGGCCCAGCCUCACCGCUCAGUGGCUUCCCGAUGUCUCCAGACCAGAGGGCAAGGAUUACAGUGUCCACCGGCUGGUGUUGGGCACUCAUACGUCAGACGAGCAGAACCAUCUGGUCAUCGCUAGCGUCCAAUUGCCCAAUGACGACGCCCAGUUUGAUGCCUCACACUAUGACAGCGAGAAAGGAGAGUUCGGUGGCUUUGGCUCAGUCAGUGGUAAGAUUGAGAUUGAGAUCAAGAUCAACCAUGAGGGCGAGGUGAACCGGGCCCGCUACAUGCCCCAGAAUCCCUGCAUCAUCGCCACCAAGACCCCCACCUCAGACGUGCUGGUCUUCGACUACACAAAGCACCCCUCCAAACCUGACGCGUCAGGAGAGUGCCGUCCAGACCUGCGUCUCAGAGGCCAUCAGAAGGAGGGUUAUGGGCUCUCCUGGAACCCCAACCUGUCCGGCUGCCUGCUCAGUGCUUCAGAUGAUCACACGAUCUGCCUUUGGGACAUCAGCGCGGUGCCCAAAGAGGGCAAGGUGGUGGACGCCAAGACCAUCUUCACGGGUCACACCGCAGUGGUGGAGGACGUCUCCUGGCACCUGCUGCAUGAGUCUCUCUUUGGCUCCGUGGCCGACGACCAGAAGCUCAUGAUCUGGGACACGCGCUCCAACAACACCUCCAAGCCCAGCCACGCUGUGGACGCACACACAGCAGAGGUCAAUUGCCUGUCCUUCAACCCAUACAGCGAGUUCAUCCUGGCCACCGGCUCAGCAGACAAGACUGUGGCCCUCUGGGACCUGAGGAACCUGAAACUCAAACUGCACUCCUUUGAGUCACACAAAGAUGAGAUCUUCCAGCUCUGCGAUGGGCUGUUACAGGUCCAGUGGUCCCCCCACAACGAGACCAUCCUGGCCUCCAGUGGAACCGACCGCCGGCUCAACGUCUGGGACCUCAGUAAAAUCGGAGAGGAGCAGUCGCCAGAAGAUGCAGAAGAUGGACCCCCAGAGCUGCUGUUCAUCCACGGAGGUCACACAGCCAAGAUCUCUGACUUUUCCUGGAACCCCAAUGAGCCAUGGGUCAUCUGCUCGGUGUCUGAAGACAACAUCAUGCAAGUCUGGCAAAUGGCGGAGAACAUCUACAACGACGAGGACCCCGAGAGCUCAGCGGACCCCGAACCCACCGCCUAACGAAACCCACCCCGCCUCAUACCCUCUUCUUCCCCCGCAACAUCACCUCAAACUGCUGAGAAGGUCACUGCAACGAGUCCCGCUCAACUACCUCCUCCAUACUUUCUAUUGGUGGAACAGAUCAUGUGUCUAGUCAAUACUCAUGAGGGCAGGAAAUGAGCUGUCCUUUUUUUGCCCACUGGUCUGUUUUUAAAAAUGCUGAAAAACUCUUGUCAGUUGACAUUAAUAAUUUAUUGCCUGAGGGAUUUUCAUUCAUGCCUGAUUUUUAUAUGCCGUUAUGAAAGGAUAUAUUUUUCUAUUUAAAUUGGCUCACCGUGCAUUCUAAUACUAUGCCCUGGAAUUGGUUAAAUUUAAAUUGUUUUGGUGUUCAUGAGGAGAGGAAGUGGGAAAGGGUAGUCUUUAUUCAUUAUCUAGUAAAAAAAAAAAAAGCAUUGAUAAUUGUAGAGACUGUUGGAGAGAGCAACCGUGACUGGCAGAUUUCUGUGCUCAUGUUAUAACUAUAGAAAAGCAAUCUGCAAAUCGCAGAUUGUAAGGGGUAAGAGCCUCGGUCUGCACUGGUUGUUCAGGUUUCUGUACCAGCAUUCCCAGCAGUGUGGCAGCCUUGCUCCCUGUUAUAUACUCCCUUUUGAACAGAUUGGCCCCUGAAGUGUCCAUUUUAGUACAUACUGUCUUGCAUUGUCGUGUCUUUGUGAGUCUUUGUUGUAUCUUAAUUGUAGUUAAACUUUUUUAUGUCUUAACAUUUUGCAAAUGUACAGUGAGUGAAUUCUCAAUAAAAUGUUUUUCCAUCAA